UCUGAAGAAUCAGAAGAUUCACCUAGACACAUCAAAACAAAAAAUGUUAAAAAUAAUAAAGCUCAAAGAGAGCAACCGGUGAAUGUAAAUAAUGAGGCAACGAUCAAGACUGGAACUGUCAAUAAGUCUCACUCAAUAAUCAGCGAUUCUUUGGAUGAACAGAGAAAAAGUAUGGCUGCUAUGGAAUUUGAUUUUGAAGAAGCUGAUUUACAAGCAAAAGCCCAUCCAGGAAUUAAUAGUGGGGAUUUGGUUAAAAAUAUUAUACUAAUUGGGAAGGAUGAGGAAUUAAAUGGAUGUAAAGAAGGGAAAGAAUGUAAAGAUAAGAAGGCAAAAUCCAAACAAAAUCGAAGAUAUGCUCCGAGAAAUGAAGAAAAAUGGGAAAUCAUCAACAAAAUGUCAGACGACAUUAAUUCUAAAAAAGGAAGCAGGAUUGAGAAAUAUGGAAGAAAAAGUGUUGGCAAUAAGAAAAGAGCUGAAGGAGAAGUCGGUGAAGAAAGAGAAGGAGAAGAGCUUAACUUGGUUAAAAACAACCAUGAUCAGGGUUUACUGAAUUCAAUUCAUUCCGAGACAAUAGAGGCUACUCCUACUGGCCAUAUUCUUGAUCAACUAAUUAUCUUCCAUCCAAAUGACGGAAAACGUUCUCGAGAGAGUCAGAUUAUAUCUCAAAUGUUGUUGCCUGAUGGAGGUUUUCAUGGAAAAGUGACUGGCGAUGGAAAAAUAGAACAUAGACCAGCAGAUGAUGAUUGGGUUCUCCCGGAAGUUGAAACGCAAACAGUGUCAACGGAUAGAAUAAAUUCUUCAUCAAAUUCAUCCCAUUCUUCAACUCCUUUGUCCAUAUUUCCAGCACCAGACUUUUCGAUAAUCAAGCCUGGUGAUCAAGUACCUCCACAAAAAAUUAUACAACGAUUAGAAGAAGAAAGGAAACGGAUAGAUUCAGGUUAUAAGUUUGCGGAUAGGGUGAACUAG